AUGGAUCCAAGGCUCUACAAAUCUGCAAAAUCAGGGGAUGUUUGCUUCCUUAAACAACUUCUUAACGAUGAUCCCAUGCUACUAUAUCAACUUACGCCCCGAGAAAACACCGCUCUCCAUAUCGCCGUGCAAUUUGGACACGAAAAUGUUACAGCUGAGAUUUAUAGCAGGUGCAGGUCCCUUCUUACACAGCCAAAUUUAGAUGGAGAUACCCCUUUACAUGUGGCUGCAAGGGUUGGCCGCUUCUCGAUUGUCAAUUAUCUGGUCAGAGAAACCUUGUCCAUGUCACAAGUAGAGUUUGGGAAUGUGAGCAGCAAGAUGCUUGAGACUUUGAGAGACAGAAAUAGGGGGAACAACACGGUUUUACACGAAGCUGUGAGGAAUGGUCACAACAAAGUGGCUGAGUUUUUACUUAAGAUUGACCCCAAAUUGGCUUGUUUUGAAAAUGAGGCAGGUGAAUCUCCAUUGUAA